AUAAAAGAAUCAUUGGCAUGUACUGUCCGCCACUUGGACUAACGGAUAAAUUUAACGUUACCGUGGUUGGUGCUGAUUGGACUUGGACAGGAGGAAUCGCAUACAUAGAACGUCACGCUUCCAUAAGUCCUUCGCAAUUGUUUCAUUUGAUGCUGCGCCGUUCGCAAGACGAUGGGGAUACAAAUAAUAUGGAUCACUUAAGGUUUGAGUGCUUAUCAAAAAACAGCCCGCUCAUUGAGGAAGAUAAGGGCAAGGGCUGGGAGUAUGUAUCGCUAUACGAACAUACACUAUUCGAAUAUUAUUCACGAACCAAACAAGAAUCUGGAGCUAAUAGACAAGCCUACAGAUGUGCCUUAUACGAGACGAUUGCUAACAACCCGGAUGCGUUAUGGAUGGCGAUCGGCGAGAGAAUGUAUGUGGAUCAACUAACGAAGUGUGACGGUCUAUCAAAGAUGAUGGAAUAUGGGCCCGACCCUUCCUUGAAGCAAUAUCAAUGGGCCGGCGGAUCUAUGCUUCUUUUUUUGAAUAGAGCAGAGAUUGAACUUCCACCAAGGAAGAAACGUUCAAUGCUAUCGAUCAACGGCUGCAGAUUUCCAGAUUGGUCACAAGGAACAUGGUCAGGUUUACUAGUAGACGAGGAUGUGGCGUACUACACAAAAGUCAGCUACGAUGAAGAUGACGUUGAUUUUAUUCAAGAAAAUGACUCGGAGCUAGUUACAACAACUAUUCACUAUCAAUAUGACGAGACUAAUAAAUCUUCAAAUUACGUGACAGCACAACAGGAAAAUAUUCAACGUGUGAAACGAAGUUCCACGCAGCAGAAUGAACAAUGUGAAACGAUAAAGUUUACAUGGCAUUGUAUGAUGCCAGUUGUUAAUUCCGAAAAUGAAAUAGGGAACGAAUUUGAUGCAAAGUUCCUUACAUAUGGUGGAUUUGACGGAGGUACUACGGAAAAAUAUGAUUCACUGAAUAGCAAUGAUAAAAACAACAGACAAGAGUCGUUCGAAGCUGACAUUACGGAAGACUCAACAAUGACAUUCGGAUGCUUGUGGUUAGAGCUUAAAGGCCGGGAAAUGUUGUUUUCCAUUAUCAGAACAGGAGUGCUAGAAAAGGAACAUGAUCUAAAGAUCUUUGCACAGCAACUUUGCAGUAUGGAAAAAAAUGAUUUGUAGAGAUGCGGUAAAGUGAUAAAUCAGAAAAAGCUUUACACUAGUUAUAACCCAUAGUAUCAAUUUAAACAUAUUUAGUAUUUAAAUUCUGUAAAUAUU